GUAAUUCCUCCUUCCCUUCUUAGUUGUCCACAUCAUUUCAUCGUUAGCUUAACAAUUAAAAAGAAGUUUUAUUAAGUUUUCAAAGGUUUUGAAACUUUUAACGAAAUGGAAUUUGCUAGCAGGGAUAUUUUUUAAAAGUUAUUCAAGCGAUUGUUUACGAACAAUCUAUCUGUUGUUGUUAUAACUGAAUAACAAGUUGAAUUCAAUUUUUCAAGCGAUAAUCAUAACAAAAAAUAAGAAAUUACUUGGAUAGCCAUCCUUCAUAAUGGCACCGAUGACGUCAAGAAAUUAUUUCAAACGUUUUUUCAUCGCCACCCUCACAGUCUGCUCAGUGUAUCUCAUCUGGUACAAUCUAUACAGUGCGAAUGGAGAUGUGGGUGUGAUGGGAGAUUUCGACACGAGGCCUGCUGGCAACCUCUCUUCCUACUCCAUUCAACAACUCAAACUUAUUUUCUUUCGAGUGAUGACGUCGGGCAAGAAACACUGCAGCAACCACACCAAGCACGGACGCACGACGGCUGACGGUGGUUACGAUGUUUGCUUCUCCGCCAACUUCACACCCAGCCACAACCGAUGCAUUGUCUUAUCUUUCGGGAUCAACAACGAAUGGUCGUUCGAUGAAGCGCUGAGUGAGCGCGGUUGCUACGUGCAUGCCUUCGAUCCAAGUUUGAACAAGAGUGACCACAUGCAUUCAGCUCUUAUACAAUUCCACAACCUCGGUCUUGGCAGGCUCAAUGAAGUCAACGAGAAGAAGUGGAAAAUGCAAAACAUCAAAACCAUUCUUUCAAGCCUGCAACUUCAAGACCGAACGAUCGACGUGAUGAAAUGCGACGCGGAAGGUGCCGAAUGGUUCCUCUUGGAAGAUGUCCUCAAGGACCUCAUCGACGUCAAGCAAAUCAUAUUAGAAGUUCAUUCGCUCAAAAGAAACCCGGACACAGUGAGUAAGGAAGAUCUGACGUACAUGAUUAAUUUGUUCGACAAUCUGCAGCGAGCCGGCUACGUCGUCGACCACUCGUACCACAAAUACAGUUGCUGCGUGGCUUUCUCGCCCUUUUUCCCGCCAGGAAAGGACGAAAAAUGUUGCUACGAAGUUUACCUGCUAAACACUCGCUACAUGUGAGCUGAUCAUCUUCCCGUUAGAUUAUAUGAUGGUAGAAAACAUUUUGUUGGACGCUGUAUACCUAUGCAUCUAACAGAAUGGCGGAUUAGUGAAUCAUUUUCAUUCUACGAUUUGUUUUAAAUCAAACUCAAACUUGUAAAUAAAUCUAAUUCAACGAACGGUUGUUUAAAUCAUAACAAUGUAAUAUUAGCCGUGCAUUGCACAUGUAAGUUCUGGAGUGAAUUUAUUUUCUAAUUUUUACGUUCGGUCAGUUAUUUGAUAUGAAAAUGUGAACUUGUGUGCUUGUUCGUCACCAAAACGUUGCACCCAUUAUCUCGCUAAUUGGUGCCAAAAUUGUUUGUUGCAUUCCGCUUCAUUCGUUGUUCUGGGCCUAUGAAUCUAUUUACCUAUUCGUUUUAUUAUUACAACAUGUAUAGUUUGAUUAAUAUAUAAUACACACAUAUGCAUACCAUUCUUUCUAUAGACAAAUAAAAGAAAAAAUAUGCAUUUGAACAUUUGUGUUGACUUCUUUUUACUUCUUCAUUCAGUUCAUUCUCCUAUACGUACACUUGUUGAACUAAAAAACAGUUCAUACCCUAAUUCUAUCCACUCUUGUACAAAUUUGGUUAGUUUCUGGGGCUGCUCCGUCAAAUUUCGGCCACCCUUAUCAAGAAUCGUCUCUCCUGACAUCUUUGUCGUGGGGUCAUAUGCAGGACAGAUUCUUGCCCAAACACAUUAUCUGCCAACCCAUAGACCACAAUAAACUCACCUCGGCCGCAACUACAAUCUGCUGCAAUUCUAACAGCCAGGUCAUCGGAGAGGAACAUCAGGGGUAGCAACGACGAUCAACAAACGAACGAAUUGAAGUAACGAGUCAACUUAACGGAGUAUUCAAUAAACGAAUGAACAAAUGAGUGAAGUUGGCAAAUAUUAUUAGAUUGUUAAAUGUUUUAAGAUGAAUUC